AUGACAAUACCUACAAUUUUCUUUGUAGAAUUUCGAGAACUCUCAACUUUCUAUGGUCAUUGCUAUCCAAAUGCGAUAGAAAGAUGGAUAUCGUCAAAUGCAGAAGAUACCUAUAAGAUGGUAAAAGUUGAAAAAUUACAAGUGCAGGAUCAGAUGGAUACUUUUUUCAAUCAGGAUGCCGGCAAACGAUAUGAUCUCAGCGGGAUCCAGCUAUGCUGCACGGUCGAAAUGUUUUCAAUGAUGUAG